UGAUGACGACAUCUGGGAGCGCCGCCGCCGCCUGCCGCAAGGAGGAAGGAAGGAAGGAGUGGUAAACAUGCCCCCGAAAGGGAAAAGCGGCGGCAAAGGAGGGAAAGGUGGAGCAUCUUCUGAUAGCAGUGCUGCUGAUAAGAAGGCUCAAGGCCCCAAAGGAGGUGGCAGUUCUGUGAAGGUGAGGCAUAUUCUGUGUGAGAAGCACAGCAGAGCCCUGGAGGCUUUGGAGAAACUAAAGGCAGGGGUGCGCUUCAGUGAAGUAGCCUCCCAGUAUAGUGAAGACAAAGCCAGGCAAGGGGGAGACCUGGGCUGGAUGAGCAGAGGUUCUAUGGUGGGACCCUUCCAGGAUGCAGCCUUUGCCUUGCCUGUCAGCAGCAUGGAUAAGCCAGUAUAUACAGACCCUCCUGUCAAGACCAAGUUUGGCUACCACAUCAUCAUGGUGGAAGGACGAAAAUAAACGUCGUCUUAUAAUGUGCUGUGAGGUUCUUAUCUUCUGAUGAAUUCCCCAGUGGGCUUGGAGGAGAAAAGUGCAGCACCAUCUGGCAGCCAUACUGUUUCCAGAUCUGGGUCCAGCAAGGCUGUCAUGUGACUUGGAGAAGUUCUUCCCCUAGGACAAAAGAGCAGAUCUGUAAACCUGGUCCAUAGGUUGUGGGAGGCGUUCUGGGGAUUUCUAUGAACACAUCUGGAGAGCCCGAGGUCAGGGAAAGUUAUCUAAGAAAACAUACCAGAGGAUCUUAAUUGAAUCCCAGAUAAAGGAGGAGAUAGCUUAGAGUCUUCUGGCUUGUGCACAAGCUGGCAAAAAGUACUCUUGUCCCAUGUAGAGUAGACCUCUUGAAUCAAUGGAACUCAUUGAUGUCAACACAUAAGAUCCAUUGAUGCAUUGGUUCUAUUUGGUUGUGAUGAACAGUUGGAAUAAGGCCAACGCUUUUAAAAUGGCAAUGAAAACUGGAUAUGCCAUUAACUACAGAGAGCAAAUAUUUCCCGGCAGAAACUGCUCCUGUGUAGUUAUUUUUCAAGAAGUGGCCAGAAUCCUGUUGUGUAAGUUUAUGCCUCAAAAACGUGAUGGUAUCCUCAGAGCUAUUUGAGGGGAGUUAAAAGCUUCCUAUUCCCCUUGUUCCAGGGACUGGUGGAGUUCAUUUUGUUACAGUGAGCUUUUAUAUGUUUGCUGUUGGUGCUGAGGGAGUAGUUUUUAAUUAACUUGAAGGCUUGAAAUGUUUGCAAACAAAAUUGUCUUUUGAUAUUCAAGUGUCUAAAAUGGACAACUAAGGGUUGGAUCCAUGAAAAAUGGAAGUUGGGAGGAAAAAAAAAAGAUGGAAGGAAAACGGCCGAAGAGCCCAAAAAACCCACAACAACCAUUAGAUCCUGGCCGUGAAAGCAUUUGAGAAUACAUGGAAGGAAAAGCUUGAUUAUGAGAAACGUUAGAAUCCCCAUCUGUUUAUGUCUGCUCUCUGGGGGACUAAAGCAGACACCCAACUGGAGAAAAAAGAAGAAGCCUGAACUAUAAAAAUUACGUUGGUGCAAUUUUCAAAAUAAUUCAAAGUAACUGCAUAAAUAAAAGUGGAACAUUUUAGGGC